AUGUCCUUCUCAUACUGCAAGGAGUUCGGCAAGGACAAGGUGAUCUUCGUGACCAAGGAGGAUCAUGCCGCGGCCAGCACCAUCGAGCUGCCGGCGCCGGAACAGCCGGAGGGCGUGAUCACCAAGGACGGCAAGAUCAACUGGAGCUGCCCCUGCCUCGGCGGCAUGGCCACCGGUCCCUGUGGCGUCGACUUCCGCGAGGCCUUCUCCUGCUUCCAGAACAGCACCGCCGAUCCCAAGGGAUCCGACUGCUACGACGCCUUCACCAAGAUGCGCGACUGCUUCCAGAAGUAUCCCACCGUGUACAACAAAUCCGGCGGCGAUGACGACGAUGAUGAUGCACUGGGCAAUGCCUUGGACACAAAUGCCGCCGGUUCGAUUGAUCCGCUGGCGGAUGUGGGCAAUCCCGGAGGCGGCGACGAGGUGGCCACGCCCAAGAGCAACUCGGUGGUGCCCAAGGCCUAGGCGGGAGUCCAUGUGUCGUAUUCAAAAUACUUAAAAGAUAAGAGCUAGGUGUGACUUCGUACAAAAUAAAUAAAGCUUGUCAUAGUUGGUGGCCGAUCGGGCUCCAAUCAUAUUCAAAAUCUA